AUGAUUUGCCUCACCCUACAGCAGGUUGCCCAAGGCCUUGACCAUGGCGAUUUCACCGUCAAAGAGCUAACCGAAGCUCACCUUGCCCGCAUUGAGGCAUUGAAUCCAUCACUACAUGCGCUCCUGCAGGUCAAUCCAGCGGCCAUCUCAAUCGCGACGGCCUUAGAUGAGGAGAUGAAGUGCUCUGGGCGGCGAGGCCCCCUCCAUGGCGUACCGAUCUUGAUAAAAGACAACAUCGUCACCAACGAGGCUCUCGAGGCGACUGCGGGGUCUCUAGCCCUUCUGGGAUGCAAGCCCAUCCGCGAGAGCCCUGCCGUCACCAAACUCAGAGCUGCUGGGGCGGUUAUCCUCGGGACGUCCAACUGCUCUGAGUGGGCAAACUUCCGGUCCCGGCCGAGCGAUAGUGGCUGGAGUGCCAGGGGAGGACAGACCUUUGGGGCGUACCACGACAAACAGGACCCGAGUGGGAGUAGUAGUGGGAGUGGUGUGGGUGUCGAUGUUGGCAUGUGUGUUUUGGCGCUGGGCACCGAGACAUCGGGCAGUAUCAUAAGCCCUGCCGCAAGGAACAACAUCGUCGGCAUCAAGACCACGACAGGCUUGGUCUCGCGGGCCUCGGUUAUUCCUGUGUCCCAGGAGCAGGACACCGUCGGACCAAUGGCGAGAACUUUGACAGAUGCGGCUACGAUGCUGGGUGUCAUCGCCGGCAAAGAUGAAGGUGACACCAAGACAAAUCUCAUUCCGUUCGAGUUCAUUCCGGACUACAGGGGAGCUUGCGAACACACAGACAUAUCAAGAUUCCGGGUCGGUAUCCCCCGUGACUCAGUCGAUAAAGCCGAGUCCGACGAGAUUCUCGAGUCGUUUUGGGGCGUGGUUGACCAGCUCAGGACACGGGUCGCAGAAGUGAUCGAGUUUGAGUUCCCCGGCCAGGCAACGUUUGACGAUCUAUCACCAGAGAAAACGUUGGACGCCAUGGCUGGGGACUUCAACGUUGCUAUUGCCGAUUACCUUGACAAGCUGACAGAUAAUCCAGGCAACUUGCAAGUCAUCGAGGACAUCUGCGAGCUUGUCAAGAGCACAGAAGGCGAAGAGUACCCAGAACGGAACAUUGCACGACUCGAGCAAGCUGCGUCUCGUGUGGCUGGCUCUGCAGAGUAUAUGGCAGGCCAGGAGGUGAGGGCAUACCUGGCAGGUGAUGGCGGAAUCAAGGGGGUACUGAACGAGUACUCCUUAGACGCCAUCGUCGUCCCAUCCAAUGCGCCUGCGAAUUAUUUCGCAGCUUGUGGUGGUUUCCCGCAGAUUACGAUCCCACUGGGCUAUCAAACUGCAGAUCUGGAGGUGAAAUACAAUGACACAGGAAAUCUAGUGGAAGAUGGGCCUAAUAUACCGUAUGGAAUUUCAACCAUUGGAGACAGCUUCUCAGAGGUCAGCCUGCUGCGGAUCGGCAUUGUUCUGGAGAACAUCACACGCACCAGGGAUGCAGCGGACGCCCGGCGCCUUCAGCGUUUUCGAUAA